GAGAUAGGUGGUGGACUGCAGGAGCUGCUGAAGGUGGCCAGCAUGGUGAAGUCACGGUCAUGAAAUUGUGAUCAUGUGUGUGAGGCAGUCUCUAAACAUAACAAAUUUACACUCAGUAAAUGUUGGCAUACUUAAUAUCUUAUUUUAUUUAUUUAGUUUUUGCAAGAUAAUGAAAUUUUUAUGGUUUAAUGUAUGCAUAAUUGCACCAUUAUUUUUAACAUUAUCAGUUACAGUGACCUCACUGUGCUGCAACCAUAUAAAAUUUGUUUGUAUUUCAAAUUACAUUUGGUCUGUGAACUCCUGCUCUUUCUGCUUUGUUGCUCAUCUAACCAGGCAUAAACCUCAAGUCUGCUGUCUGUGUUUAUGUAUACAAAUAGCAACUAGCACUUGACCUGAUGUGCGAUUUCCAGACAUAACUCCAUCCAGUACCACUGCAGAGUUCACUCUUGUCCAACAAUAAACAAAGUACAUUUUAUGGCUGCAGUGUGGAAAUAAAUACUGCUGAAAGACAUCUGCAAUACUCACGCUGUUGAAAUGAGCCAGUGAAGCCCUUCAACCAAAAUAGAAGCUUCUUCUUGCCUAAACGAACCAAGAGGAUGUUAUGGUGCAGACUAACUUUAGAAACAGGAAGUCACUGUUUCUCUGUAAGUGUGGGUUUGCGUAUGUGUGUGUGCAUUCGCCAGUAAAGCCUGUGCAUGUGUGCAGGUGUGUGUAUGUGUGUGUCAGUGAUUCAGUGUGUUGUUGCAGAAGGCACACAGAAAGAGGAUGAUGGUUGUGAAACGAAUAUGCUAUUACAGAAACCAGAAGUUUGUCUCCUGUCUAUUUUUAGCAACGCUCAAAUGAGAGACAGAGAAGCACGCACACAGAUCUUAUCUAGAUGCAGUUCUCCUUAUUUUUAAAACAGAUUUUAUCUUACAAAUAGCAUCUCUUCUCACUUUUAAAAUAUAUAUCUGCAUUUUUAGAGGACAUUUGAUGAAUACCAGGUCUUGCAACACAAUAGUUGUCUAAAAAUACCUAAAGAGUUGCAGCAUUUUUUCUUUCAAUAUAAGGUUGAAAGUUGUGCAUGCUGUACUAUUGCAAUGAGCUCUUGGUAAGAUAAUGAAAAGUGAUAAGCAGCUUUUUAAAUCUUUCAGGAUUAUUAAACCCUGUUUGGCUCUUUGAACACAUUGUGUCGUAACUGGGCUGCUUUUUGUCCGGUGAUAUAAUAACUCACAAUGUAAGUCUGUGUAAAGUUACAGCUUCAGUGUCAGUGCAAAAGCUAGUGAUACAUUGUUGUAGAAUACACUUACGUUUGCUGCAGCCUGGUUGUUGCUGCAUUUUCAGGGUAAAAAUGUACCACAGGUGUUUCUUUUCUGCUCAGAUGAGAGAGCUGACUUCCUGAUUGUUUCCUUUCUCUCAGGGGAGCUGACUUACUUAGUAAUCGAGCCUGUUUGUGUGUAUGCUGUAUGUGAGUGUGACAGAGCACGUACAUAUUAUUUGAGUCCCCACAAAAUACCACGGUGCCACCACUCCUAUGUUUGUCUAAUUUCCUUUGAAAACACACAGUAUUGCCAGUUUUCUUAAGGUUAAGACUAACUUUACCAUUUUUACCACAGUUGUUCUGGUAAUACUGUUUUGCAGUUCUGCAUACAUCCUGUUUCACCUUUCACUUUUUUUUCAACAACAGCAAAAAGAAUCCAAAGCUUAAAGCAACAAGCCCUGUCAACUUCAGUAAUGACAUAAAGCCAUGACUGAACCAGCUGAAAGUGGAACAGGUUGAAAUAUUUCUGAGUCUCUGAGAUUUGUCUGACACGUCUUGGCAUCCUUGAGUUACCUGGCAAGUGGAUGUGAUCAUCAGCAAUCAGGUUUCAUUAUCCACAAAUGGGGAACACCCCAUGGACCUGAGUGUGACCCAAAGGUUAUUGCAUCCAGGCCCAGAUUUGGCCAUGCUGGCUCCCGGCUCUCCCUUCUUCCUGGGACAUCUCAGCUCUCAGCAUUGCUCCCAGUUUUCUCAGCAGCACUUGAAGUAUAACAUUGAACAUAGGCAAAGAGAGAUGGAGGAAGAGAAGAGUGAAGAGCUACAACAGCUGAUACGAAAGAAAAAAGACGAACAGAGUGCUGUAGCCAGUCCUCUUGUAAAGCAGAAACUCCGGGAACACAUAAUUAUGAAGAGCCAGCCCACCCAUGACAGAGUUACUCCCAACCACUGGAGUCAUAAACUGGGAUACAGGCUCCCUGUUCCUGACAUGUCCCCGAAGCCUCCACUCUGUGACCAGCGUAAAGACCUCCCCCUGCGCAGGACAGUCUCUGAGCCCACUCUGAAGUGCAAGAUAAAGAAGCUCAUCAGUACAAGGCCAAACCCGCUGCGGCGUAAGAUCAGUGCCCCUCCAGCUGUCAAGCACAGGACAGAAACCUUGGACUCCUCUCCCAGCAGCAGCAGCACUCCAGCAUCAGGGUGCAGCUCACCAAACGACAACCACCAUUCGGAUAAUGGCUCAGUGGUUCAUGAGGCACAGAGGUUGCUGCUGAAGGAUGGUAGUUUGGCUCAUUUCACCAUGCCCCCCAACCCCACUGCCAUGCCCAACAUUACUGCUGGACUUCCUGCACAGGCUGACCUCCGAGUAGCAAGGCCAUUGCCAGUAUCUGGACUGCAUCAGGUCUACAUGCCUCUGGAAGGAAACAGUCCAGCCAUGGCUCAGCACAUGCAACCUGUGCUCAUACUGGAGCCACGUACCGGUCUGGUGCAUUCUCAGCUUGUCUCUUUUCAUGGUUUGAGCUCUGUUCCUCUGCAGCAGCAGCAGCAGCAGCAGCAGCAGUCUCACUUGUCCAGAAGAGAAGGUGUAGUCACCAUGCCAUCGCACAGACCCCUGGAGCGAACACGUUCAGAGCCUCCACCCUACAGCCACUCACCCCUUGCUCUGCAUGCCACUCAUCACUCACACACCCAGCACCACCUGCCCCAGCAAUACCUCAAGAGCGGGCUGGAGAGGUUCAAGCAGAAUGCACUCCCAAGCAAGCUGUCAAGCAAGUCCAUUGAGAAGCCUCGUCUGACACAGAUCCCAUUGGAGGACAUGGACCUGGAGGAGAUUGGUUCAGGAUCUGGUUCAGGACCAGGGUCUGUGUGUGGCUCAGAACCGGGCUCCGUGUGUGAGGACAGCUACCGCAGGAGACAAAGCACUGCCAGCUCAGACUCAGUUUACGAGACAGAGUCCAUUACCUCCUCACGGGAGAGCUUGCUCGAGCCCUCGCAUUCUCUCAGUCAGAGGCAGGUGAUGCUUAGACCAAGUCUCCAACUGGACCGCCUUGGUGUGCCGACCCUGAUUUGGCCUCACCAGCCUCUUGUUCGGACCCAGUCCUCCCCGGCCUCCACCUCCCUACCUCCUGCUCCACAUCCACCCACCACUAUACCUUCCCUGUCAUUGUCCAGCCCUGCUGCAGCAGAGCUCCAGCUGCGCUUCACUACAGGUCUGGUUUAUGAUGCUCAGAUGCAGAAGCACCAGUGUACCUGCGGGGACAACAGUCGUCACCCUGAGCAUGCUGGAAGGGUACAGAGCAUCUGGUCCAGACUGCACGAAAGAGGUCUCAGGAGCCAGUGUGAGCGCAUCCGUAGUAGGAAGGCCACUCCAGAGGAACUGCAGUCAGUCCAUUCAGAAAAACAUGUACUUCUGUUCGGCACCAACCCACUUAACCGCCUCAAGCUGGAUAACCGCAAGCUGGCUGGAAUCUUGUCUGAACGGAUGUUUGUGAUGUUACCGUGUGGAGGAGUUGGGGUAGAUAUCGAUACUGUCUGGAAUGAACUUCACACAUCAGCAGCUUCCCGCAUUGCUGCAGGAUGUGUCACAGACCUGGCACUGAAGGUGGCGCAAGGAGAGCUGAAGAAUGGCUUUGCAGUAGUGAGGCCCCCUGGACACCAUGCAAACCACUCCUCCCCUCUGGGCUUCUGUUUCUUCAACUCUGUGGCCAUCGCUGCCAAGCAGCUCCAACAGAAACUCAACGUCAGCAAGAUCCUCAUCGUGGACUGGGACAUUCACCAUGGCAACGGUACCCAGGAAGCCUUUUAUAAGGACCCGAGUGUACUGUACAUUUCUUUACAUCGAUAUGAUGAUGCCAACUUCUUUCCUGGGAGUGGACAUCCCAGUGAGGUGGGUGCAGGUGCAGGCAAGGGCUUCAAUGUGAACGUAGCAUGGACAGGGGGGUUGAACCCUCCAAUGGGUGAUGCUGAGUACCUGGCUGCAUUCAGGACUGUGGUGAUGCCCAUCGCUCACCAGUUUUCGCCCGAUGUGGUGCUGGUGUCAGCUGGCUUUGAUGCUGUCGAAGGACAUUCGCCAUCGCUGGGAGGCUACAAGGUCACGGCUAAGUGUUUUGGCUUUCUGACCCGUCAGCUGAUGUCACUAGCCGGGGGUCGGGUGGUCCUGGCUCUGGAGGGGGGACAUGACCUCAAGGCCAUUUGUGAUGCUUCUGAAGCUUGUGUCAGUGCCUUGCUGGGCAUGGAGGUGGAGCCUCUGUCUCAGUCCGUGUUGGACCAGAAGCCCUGUGAAAAUGCCGUCCAGUCGCUGCAGACAGUCAUCCAGGUUCAAGGUAAGCACUGGCAGAGUGUGAAGGACUCGGCCACCACAGUGGAUCUGUCCUACCUGCAGGCGCAGAGACGACGACUGAGACGAGACUCGGACAGUGAAGCUGUCACCUACAUCGCCUCACUGUCCAUGGGAGCUGUCACCUCCGACAGGAAACAGUCAGAAAAACUGACAGAGCAAGGUGAUUCUCUCUGAAGAAACGCUCAUGAGAGUUGCCUUCAGCCAAGUCUUAGUGAAAAAACACACACACACACACACACACACACACACACACACACAGCUAUGCAUUUGGACCAUCACUGGAAGUAGAUGUCCUCCUCCUCAGUUUGACCACUGUAUUCAUUACCUCACAAAAACUCCAUUACAGCUGGCUGCUGUCAGACCACUUCGAUUCAGACACACAACAUUCACCUGGACAACAUUUGUGUUGUCACGACGCCUCUACACGUCACCGAGCUGAGAAAAAAAUUCCAAAGAAAGAUGGCCAGGGACCGAUUAAUGAAGACUUUCUCAUAUCUUACUUUCUCUAAAUUCUCUUAUGGCAUUGGGAGCAUUGCGAGCACGACGUAGCAUGAACACACACUUGACAAAGCACAGGUCUGCGACUUUAAACAUUCACCUCGCAAAUGACUCACACAGGACCCGCAAGAGACCGCUUGGACUGCCGUAACCUUGAAGGAGGGGGUCAAAGGUCACCUCGACUUAACUGGAGCCAAUCAGUCAGUGCGGAAGGAGUCGUCCCUGCUGAACGUGCCGGUGAAGGAGAGCAGAGCAGACUCGUCCCGCUGCAAUGAUGUCAUUUGUCUGUAUGUGACAAAGAUCCCAUGAAGGAAAAGAUCAGGAGUCUCUGAUCGAUUUGCACUGUACAGUUCUGUAAUGUGAAGUGGAUGAGACGCAUCAGCUCUGUUGACUAUCAGACAUCUUGUUCGUUCAUACUUUUAGUUUAUUUGAAUAUUCAUUCAUUUGACCUAUGGCAUACGUUUUUGUGAAUGUCAGCGCGAGAUUUAUUAUUAUAUAUUUUCUUUCUUUUUUUAAAAAAAAAAAAAAAAUCCAGUAAGAGUGAAGCUACAGUAAA